CUUGAGGUGCCUGACAGAACCACAACAACAGACAACUCUUCACCCACGCUCUUCACCGCUGUUGUUUUGUAGCAUCACGAAUCCUCGAGACUCUACGAAGCUUUUGCGAUCAGCUGGAUUACCUUAAUACCUUCUGCCUUUACGACAAAUCCUCCUCGAACGGGUCACGAUGGCGCAGGAUGGCGAACCUCCAAAGUCUGUUGACAAGGGAAAGGGGAAGGCAAUAGACGGAGAGCCCAGCAAAGCUGAAGAGGUGAAGAAGGAUAAGGAUGGAAAGCCACUCGUUAAUGGCAAGACGGAGGAGGGUGUUAUUGGAGCACCAGAAGAAUUGAGUGAAGAGGAUCUACAACUGAAGAGUGAGCUAGAUAUGCUGGUUGAGCGUUUGACGGAGUCUGACAAAACACUUUACAAAUCCGCGCUGGAGGCUAUCAAAGACUCGAUCAAAACUUCUACAUCGUCAAUGACCGCAGUUCCGAAGCCCCUCAAGUUCUUACGACCGCAUUAUGAGCCGAUGACGAAGCUUUACGAAGAAUGGCCCGCUGGAGAAGACAAGACCUCACUCGCAGAUGUGCUUUCGGUGAUUGGAAUGACAUUUUCGGACGAAGAUAGACAGGACACACUGAAGUUCCGAUUACUGGCGCCUACAUCAGACAUUGGAUCUUGGGGACAUGAAUACACACGACAUCUGGCUCUGGAACUUGGAGAGGUAUACACCAAGAGGUUAACAGCCGACGAGCCGUACCAAGACCUCAUAGAUCUUGCAUUAGUUCUGGUUCCUCUAUUCCUAAAGAGCAAUGCUGAAGCAGAUGCUGUCGAUUUGAUGAGCGAGCUUGAGAUCAUCGAUGAGCUUCCAAAAUUCCUUGACAAAGACACUUUCCCUCGAGUCUGCCUGUACAUGGUCACCAUGGUCAACCUCCUUACCUACCCAGAAGACCAGCAAUUCCUCCGAACAGCGCACGAUAUCUACAAGCAUUAUGAUCAGCUCACCCAGGCGAUUGUACUUGCGAUCCGUCUUAAUGAUGUUGAUCUAAUCAUGUCCGAUUUCAACUCUACAAAGGAUGCAUCAAUCAAGAAGCAAAUGGCUUUCCUCAUUGCCAAACAGCAGAUUGUGCUACCAGAUCUGCCAUCAGAAACGGAUGACGACCAGAUAAUUAUGGAAUGUCUAGGAAACAACAAGAUGUCCGAGCACUUUAAGGCUCUCGGCAAGGAGUUGAACAUUCUGGACCCGAAAACCACAGAAGAUAUCUACAAGAGCCAUCUCGAGAGCAAUCGCGUUGCUGGUUUGACAAACCUAGACUCCGCCCGACACAACCUGGCCGCUGGAUUCGUCAACGCCUUCGUGAAUGCUGGCUUUGGUAACGACAAGAUGAUGAUGGUUGAAGAGGAGAAGUCCAGUUGGGUUUGGAAGACCAAGGAGGAGGGAAUGAUGUCUACAGUCGCUUCCAUGGGUACACUGUUACUGUGGGAUGUCGAGGGUGGACUUGACAAGAUCGAUAAGUACACAUAUGCCCCAGAAGACCAGAUACUUGCCGGUGCCAACCUGGCUAUUGGUAUCAUGAACUCUGGUGUACGAAUCGACUCUGAUCCUGCUUUGGCUCUUCUUGGUGACGAAGAGAAGCUGAAUUCUAAGAGCCCUAUGGUCCGGGUGGCUUCUAUCAUGGGUCUCGGUCUUGCAUAUGCUGGCUCAAAUCGAGAAGAUCUCCUUGCCUUGUUGCUGCCAAUCGUUGGUGAUACAUCCUUGGACAUGCAACUCUCUGCUAUGGCUGCUCUAUCUCUUGGAAUGGUCUUCGUUGGAUCGUCCAACAGUGAUGUUAGCGAAGCGAUCGUGCAGACGUUCCUUGAUGAUGACCGAAAAUCACAAUUGAAGGAUAAAUGGACUCGCUUCAUGGCCCUCGGUUUGGGAUUGCUGUUCUUCGGACGUCAAGAGGAAGUGGACGUUAUCUUAGAGACUCUGAAGGCUAUCGACCACCCCAUGUCAAAGCCAACUUCAGUACUUGCUGAAAUCUGCGCAUGGGCUGGCACGGGUACCGUUCUGAAGCUCCAAGAGUUGUUGCAUAUCUGUAACGACCACAUCGAGGAAAGCGAUGACAAGAAGGGCGAUGAGCUCCUUCAAGCUUAUGCUGUCAUUGGUCUCGGAUUGGUCGCGAUGGGUGAAGAUGUGGGACAAGAGAUGGUUCUCAGACAAUUCGGCCAUCUGAUGCAUUAUGGCGAGGCCAACAUCCGAAGAGCAGUGCCCUUGGCAAUGGGUCUACUCAGUCCCAGCAACCCCCAGAUGAAAGUUUACGAUACCUUGUCGAGAUACAGUCACGACAAUGAUAACGAUGUCGCGAUCAACGCUAUCUUUGCAAUGGGUCUUCUUGGUGCUGGAACAAAUAAUGCCAGAUUGGCUCAACUGCUCAGACAAUUGGCCAGCUACUAUCACCGAGACCAAGAAUCACUCUUUAUGGUCCGAAUUGCUCAAGGUCUCCUCCACAUGGGCAAGGGCACGCUCUCCAUCAGUCCAUUCCACACCGACCGACAAGUAUUGUCAAGAGUCUCAGCUGCUGGUCUUCUCUCAGUCUUGGUUGCCAUGAUCGAUGCCAAGCAAUUCGUUACUGACAAGUCACAUUACCUCCUUUACUUCCUUGUCACAGCCAUGCAUCCUCGCUUCCUCGUCACUCUCGAUGAAGAUCUUAAGCCCUUGGUAGUCAAUGUCAGAGUCGGUCAAGCAGUGGACGUUGUUGGACAAGCAGGUCGACCAAAGACUAUCACUGGAUGGCAAACACAGAGCACACCUGUGUUAUUGGCGUAUGGUGAGCGAGCAGAGUUGGAGGACGAGCAAUAUAUUCCAUUGACGAACAACCUCGAGGGGUUGGUCAUUCUGAGAAAGAACCCAGACUGGGACGAUGGUAAGAGCUAGGGGAGUUGGCAUGGGAUGAAUAAACUGUAUAAUAGCGGUAGACCUGAUCUCGCGAAAGCAUCACCUACAAACUGAUAGAUGAAAAAACAAUCGGGC